AAAAGAUGCAUCGUGCAGGCUGCCCAGUCGCGGGUCGUCGUAUCGUAACAUGUACAAGGCAAUAUAGUAAUAAAGCAGCACGAAGGUUUGAGAGGCAGAGAAAGACCGGUGUCCUCCAACGAUCCAUCGAUCGGCCGGCCGAUCCCUAUGGCUUUAAUGCUGCCUUUUUGUCCCUUAAAAAGCUACUCGCUUCCGCCUUCUCCUCCUCACGCGCACACCUCACCUUGCCUCUUCUUGCUCCUUGAUUGCUUGCUUGCGUUAGCUAGAUAGCUAGCUCAUGGCGUCUCGCAAGGUCGUGAGAGAGGCUGCCACGAGCUGCAUGGACGCGAACACGACGUUCGUGCAGGCCGACCCGGCGACGUUCCGGGCGCUCGUGCAGAAGCUCACGGGCGCGCCGGCGGAGAGGCAGGAGGUGGCGACCGUCGCGCAUGCGCCGCCGGCGCCACCGCCGAGGCGGCCGAAGCUGAAGGAGAGGCGGCGCGCGGCGCCCGCGAGGCUGGAGCUCGCGCGGCCGCAGUCGUUCUACUACUACCACCACGGCCUCAUGCACUCGCCGGUCUCGCCCAUGGACGCCUACGUCCUUGCCUCCUCUUCCUCCUCGCCGUCGCUGUCGUCGUCCUCGUCGCUGUCGCCGUCGCCGCACUCGUCGUCGUCGCGCGGGGUGGUGAUAAGCAAGGAGGAGGAGGAGAGGGAGGAGAAGGCCAUCGCCUGCAAGAGGUUCUACCUGCACUCGUCGCCGAGGGGCGGCGGCGACGGCGACGGCGAGAGGCCCAAGCUGCUGCCGUUGUUCCCGGUCCAUUCCCCCAGGAGUUCCUUCGCCUCCUAAUCACUCGUCAGUCGUCACCUGAUUAAUGAAUGAAUUCCGGCGAUGCUAUGUUCAUCAAUCUCCCUGUACUGCCUACUUGCAUUAGUAUUAGAUGACCCAUGAAUUAAUGCAACUCUUGUUAGUCUUAACUAGGUAGGUUUUAAUUUCUAAUCUGAUUAAUCAUGGAAGCUUUCCUUUGUGCAUGCAUGGAUGCACAUGUGGCUGUAGGUUUCCAUGGAAGUUUCAAUACACGUUGGAAUCAUGAGCAGCAAAACUUCUUGUGUUUGUUUA